UCAAUACAAUUAGCAUUAAGCAAAGUGGGAUUAGAAAAAUCAAACUCAGAAAAACUGUACAUCGAGUUAAUGCAGUUUCCCUUUCAAAAUGAAAAGAACCCGGUACCGGCUUGGCAAUGCUCCCAGAUGCGUGUUAAAAUCAACACGGUUAACUGUUAGAAAAAUCAAACUCAGAAAAACGGUGAGUCGAGUUAAUGCAGUUUCCCUUUCAAAAUGAAAAGAACCCGGCACCGGCUUGGCAAUGCUCCCAGAGGCGUGUUAAAAUCAACACAGUUAACUGUUCAGCACCAUUUCCACUGCGGAACAAAUAUUUUUGUGAAGAUUUUAUAGUUGAUGUAGUUUCCUGCAAGUAAAAUUUCAGGAAGAUUACAGCAUCUGUGGGCUUGAACGAGCUCGAUCACUUUGCUUGAGUAGUAGUCUUCGAAAUCUCUUCAACCAUCCUUGUUCCCACAACAUCUGUUUCAUUGCAUAUUCACACAUCUUAUCGACCGGCACUUUCCCAUGGCAGAAAAGCUUUAACUUCAAUUCUAGCUGCAAUGGAGAACAGCCCAAAUCUUCUUCGGCUUUGUGGAUUGUCUUUUCUCCUGUGUUUUCAACCCAUAUAUGCAAUUGAGUUUGUCUUCAAUGGUUUCAAUUCAUCUGACUUGUUGUAUUAUGGCAGUGCCACCCUUGAAUCUCGUAUUCUUACUCUUACAAAUAAAACAACUUUCACAAUUGGUCGAGCUCUUUAUCCAUUAAAAAUCCCAACAAAAAAGCCAAACUCUUCUUCUGUGUACCCAUUUUCAACUUCUUUUAUCUUCGCCAUGGCUCCUUACAAGAAUACUCUCCCGGGUCACGGCCUAGUUUUGCUUUUUGUCCCAUUUACAGGUAUUCAAGGCGCCACGGCAUCUCAAAAUCUUGGCCUUUUCAACCGCACAAACAAUCAAAAUCCGAAUAACCAUGUGUUUGGGAUCGAGUUCGAUGUUUUUAAGAACGAAGAGUUCAAUGAUAUCGACGACAACCAUGUUGGAAUUGAUGUAAAUUCUCUUGAUUCUGUGAGUGCACAGCCAGCUGGGUAUUGGCAAAAUGAUGACGCCGGGUCAUUCAAGAAACUUAAGUUAAACAAUGGUGAAAAUUAUCAGGUCUGGAUUGACUACGCAGAUUCUUUGAUUAAUGUAACUAUGGCAGUGGCAGGCGUGGAAAGGCCUAAAAGGCCUUUAUUGAAUGUUUCUCUUAAUUUGUCGGACGUUUUUGAGGAUCAAAUGUAUGUUGGAUUCACAGCGUCGACAGGACAAUUAGUUCAAAGUCACAAGAUUUUGGCUUGGAGUUUCAGUAAUGAAAAUUUUUCGUUGAGUAAAGAGUUGAUCACUAGUGAUUUGCCAUCUUUUGUUCUUCCAAAGACUCCAUUUUUUCAAUCAAAGUGGUUUAUUGCAGGUGCAACAGCAGUCAGUUUCUUCGUAGUUGUUUCUUGUGUUAUAUUUUCUCUGUGUAUGAUAAAGAGAAAGCGAAGGGUAGCAAGAGAGAGGGCUGAAAUGGAAGAUUGGGAAUUGGAGUAUUGGCCGCAUAGAGUAAGUUAUCAAGAAAUUGAAGCAGCAACAAAUAGAUUUUCAGAGGAAAAUGUGAUUGGUGUUGGAGGAAAUGGAAAGGUCUAUAAAGGAGUUUUGGCAGGAGGAGCUGGGAUUGCAGUGAAGUUCAUUUCACAUGAAAAUGAAGGAAUGAGAGCAUUUCUGGCAGAAAUUUCAAGCCUUGGAAGGCUAAAACACAGGAACUUGGUGGGCUUAAGAGGUUGGUGUAAGAGAGAAAAAGGGAGCUUCAUGUUGAUAUAUGAUUAUAUGGAAAAUGGGAGUUUAGACAAGAGAAUUUUUGAAUCUGAUGAGAGUAAAAUGCUGAGUUGUGGGGAAAGAAUAAGGAUUCUGAAAGAUGUGGCUUCUGGGGUAUUAUACUUACAUGAGGGAUGGGAUAAACAGGUGCUGCAUAGGGACAUUAAGGCCAGCAAUGUGUUACUGGAUAAGGAUAUGAAUGGAAGGCUCGGUGAUUUUGGUUUAGCCCGGAUGCACAGCCACGGUCAAGUGGCUAGCACGACUCAGGUGGUUGGCACCUUGGGCUACUUGGCACCGGAAGUGAUCAGUAGCGGACGAGCUUCAGCUCAAACUGAUGUGUUUGGAUUCGGGAUCUUGAUUCUAGAGGUCAUGUGUGGGAGGAGACCUAUAGUGGCAGGGCAGCCAAAUUUGGUGGAAAUGGUGUCACAACUGAUGGUGGAAGGGAAAUUACUUGAUGCAUUAGAUGGGAGACUGAGGGGUAAAGGAGGGUUCAAUGAGGAGGAAGUUGAAAGAGUUCUACAUUUAGGAAUGUUGUGUGCUUUUCCUGACACUAGCAAAAGACCAGCCAUGAGACAAGUAGUUAAAUUGUUGGAAGGAAAGACUGAGGCUUUUGAGUGUGAAAAUGAAGGAAUGGAGGCAUAUUUGCUGCAGAAGUCUAAGGAUAUUUGUUCCAAUGAUUCUCAAAGUUUCAGUGGCUCUAUACAUCCAACAUUUCAAGAUAUCAAACAGUCCCUUCCUUCUUCCAUGUCAGUUUCUUGGUCUGAUACAACAAUGGAGGGGAGAUGAAUCAUAUAGAAAGAUUUUGUUUCUAGUUUUCUACAUGUAGGCUUCUUAAUGCAUAUAAGAAUUGUAAUAGUUAAAGGAUUUGUUCAGAUUAUAAAGUGAUAUACAUGUAUAGUUCUCCUUAUACCUAAUUUCUAUGCCCAUUUUGGUUUGGUUUACAAA